GAAAACACUACUUAGACUGGCAAAACAGUCUCCAAACAGUGACUGAUGUGCUGUCCAUGGUGCUGGAAAACAAUGCUCAGCUCUUGAUUGUCAGUUAUGCUUCCCAUUCAACAGCGCAUAUCUGUCUUUGGUGUGACCCAAAGACGCAACACAAUAUUUUCACUGCUCUCUGCAGUUGACCACUUUCGCCACAUGGCGCCGCUAUUGAUCCAUUAGAGACAGCCCUGCUCUUUGAUACAGCUAAGCCACUCCUGUUUUCAGGCAAGAGGAACAUCUCCCCAGUCUUUGUUUGAAAGACACGGAGGACGGUGGAACAAACAGAAUAUUCCACUCAUGAAGCUAAUUUCGACUGGCAUCCUUCAUACUGCCUAAAAUAUCUGACCGUGACCGUUGUUCAUAUUGGGGGAAAAAAAUGUCAUCGCCCUUUAAAUGGAGCUAUUUCGGGAUAUAUCUGUGGCUUUAUAUACUGGAUUGUUACUGGCAAACGGUGGCUGGGCAGCUUUCAUAUUCCGUCUCAGAGGAGGUAAACCCGGGGACUGCUGUCGGAAAUAUCGCUAAGGAUCUCAACUUUAAUUCACAAGACUUGGAAUCCCGUAUGUUUCAGAUUGUAACUGGAUCAAAGAGAAAAUUCUUCGAGGUAAAUCUAAAGACUGGUGUUCUGUUUGUCAGCGAGAGAAUAGACCGAGAGGAGCUUUGCUCAGGGGAGCUUAAAUGUCCAGUAAGUGUAGAAGCCGUGAUAAAUAACCCUUUGAAGCUUUAUCGUAUUGACGUUGAUAUUUUAGAUGUGAACGACAAUGCCCCUUUGUUUACGACCAAAUUGCAAAAUUUGUAUAUUGCAGAAAGCACAUUACCAGGAGUGAAAUUCGCCCUGUCUGAAGCAACUGAUGCAGACGUUGGGAAAAACGGAGUCAGUACUUACAAACUGAGCCCGAAUGAGCAUUUCUCUUUAGCAGUGCAUAAAGCAGGUGAUGGUCUGUCUGCUGAGUUAGUGCUGCAGAAAGCUCUGGACCGAGAAAAGCAGCCUGUGAUCACCAUGACACUGACUGCUGUAGAUGGAGGGAGUCCUCCAAAAUCAGGCACCUCACAACUCCUUAUUAAUGUUUUAGAUAUUAAUGAUAACAUCCCGAUCUUCAAUGAAUCUUUGUAUAAGACAAAAAUUUUAGAAAAUACACCUCUGGGCACAACAGUAAUAACUGUGAACGCCACCGAUGCAGAUGAGGGCCUCAACAGUGAGAUUGUUUAUUCACUGAGAAGCAAGGAUCAAGAUCAUGUACUUGAUGGAUUUGAAAUUGAUCAACAGACAGGCAUCAUUAAAGUGAAAAGUAGAAUUGACUUUGAAGAAAGAAAGGCUUUUGAGAUACGUGUUGAGGCAAGUGACAAAGGGCAGCCUCCGAUGUCUGCUCACUGUAAGGUGCUGGUGGAGGUGGUGGAUGUAAAUGAUAACGCUCCUGAGAUCACAGUGACGUCACUCCAAAACACCGUGAAGGAGGAUGCGUCUGUAGGCACCGCUGUGGCCCUUGUGUCAGUCCUCGAUAAAGACGGUGGAAAAAACGGUGAUGUUAAAAUCCAAAUUAAUAAUGAAGUUCCAUUCAAACUCGACACUAAUUAUAAAAAUUAUUAUUCUUUGUUAGUGGACGGGCCGCUAGACAGAGAAAGUUUAUCUAACUACAAAGUAACCAUAGUUGCUACUGAUAAAGGAAACCCGCCACUCUCCAGCACGAGUGUAGUUCCCAUACAGGUGUCUGAUGUCAAUGAUAACCCACCUCGGUUCCCGGAGGGCAUAAUUAAUGUAUACGUGAAUGAGAACAGUCCAGUAGGAGCAGUGAUUAAAAGAGUGGUUGCAACUGAUACUGACGUUGACCAAAACAGUCAGGUGAGCUACUCGUUUUUAAAAAGUAAUAGUAACACACUGCCGUUAUCGAAAAUGGUGAAUAUUAACACAGAGACUGGAGAUAUAAUCAGUCUGCAGUCUUUCAACUAUGAAGAGUUGAAAACGUUUCAGUUCAAAGUUCAGGCCACAGACUCUGGUGUUCCUCCACUCAGCAGCAACGUGACUGUUAAUGUUUUAAUCCUAGACGAAAAUGAUAAUAAUCCAACAAUUCUGGCUCCAUAUUCUGAGCACGGCUCUGUCAACAGUGAGAGCAUCCCAUAUUCUGCUGAAGCAGGAUAUUUUGUGGCAAAGAUCAGGGCUGUAGAUGCAGACUCUGGAUACAAUGCACUGCUGACUUAUCAUCUGUCUGAGCCAAAAGGAAACAACCUGUUCAGGAUCGGAACCAGCACCGGAGAAAUCAGGACGAGGAGGAGGAUGAGUGACAAUGACCUCAAAACUCACCCCUUGGUGGUGCUGGUCUCUGAUAACGGAGAACCCUCCCUGUCAGCUACUGUGUCUAUUGAGGUGGUGGUUGUUGAAAGCACCGCUGACAUCCACACUCAGUUCAGACAUGUGCCCAUAAAGGAGGACAGUUUCUCUGAUUUGAACCUCUAUCUGCUCAUCGCCAUUGUGGCGGUGUCAGUGAUCUUUCUGCUCAGCCUCAUCAGUCUCAUAGCUGUCAGAUGCCACAGGGCGGACAGCAAUUUCAGCAGGUACAGCGCCCCAAUGAUCACCACCCACCCUGACGGGAGCUGGUCUUACUCCAAAGCUACUCAGCAGUAUGACGUGUGUUUCAGCUCAGACACGCUCAAGAGUGACGUAGUGGUUUUCCCCGCACCGUUUCCACCUGUAGAUGCUGAACUGAUCAGUAUUAACGGAGGAGACACUUUUACACGAACUCAGACUUUACCCAACAAAGAAAAGGUAAGAAACUGAGAAAAAAUAUAGUUUGUG